UGCACCGGGAGCCGUCAGCUGGUGUUUCCGGGUUUGGUUUGGUCCCGCAGAGAGGAUUCAGAGGCUGAUCGAUAGUUAUGAUCGAUACGUGAACGGAAGCCAGGGGGCGGAGCGAGCCACGUGUCUGUCUGCGAGUCCGACAUGUCCAAACAAAGAGGCAGCAAGACUCUAAUCAUCACAGACGAUGAGGAGGUGAAGGAGGUGAAGGAGGUGAAGGAGGAGGCAGAGGAGCUCAACCCGUUCUCCUUCAGAGAGUUUCUGCGCUGGAAGAGCCAGGACCCGGACCCGGAGCAGGCACGCACUGAGAUUCGCAGUGAAUCCUGGGAUAGCGUGGACCACGAAGGAUACACCCGACCCGCCGCACACAGCCUCUGUCUGUCUCAUCAGGAGGAGGAGGAGGAGGAGUGGGGGCGGAGCUUCCAGUCAGGCGUUGACAGCACCUCCUCCCUGUGCACAGAGGAGGAAGAAGAAGAGGAGGAGACCAGGUUCUCCUCCAAACCUGAAGAAGCUGCAGGCAGAGGUGCAGGAGGAGGAGGAGAGAACUAUGAAGGAGAUGAUGAGACCUCAAUGGCUGAGUCAGCCACCUCCUGCAGGAGGAGGAGUACCAGGAGCAGCCAGACGCAACAGCUGAAGGAGGAGAACGCAGCGCUGAGGAGGACCGUCAGGGAGCUGCAGAGGAGAGCAGAAGUGAAUGAACGCAGGGCGUCGCAGCUCUCGGAGGAGCUGCUGCAGAGGAGGCGUCAGGAGGAGAAGGAGGCCCAGGACCUGGAGAGCAUGGUUCACUCUGUGGAGCAGAACCUCCACCUGAUGACGAGGCGAGCGGUGAAAGCGGAGAAUGCCGUUUCCAAACUGAAGGCGGAGCUACAGCAGCUGCAGGCCGAGGUGGAUUCUCUGCGGGCUGAGAACAGCGGUCUGAAGUCAGCGGAAUCUCAGGUCGUCAUGACGAUGAGGCAAAAUGCUCAGGUGGCAUCCGAUUACCUGAACAAGAUGGCAAGCCACGCCCACUCCUCCAUCCGGCAGCUGCUGGGGGAAGCAGAGACUCUGCGUUUGGUGUCUCAGCUGCUGCAGUCCAUCGAUAAAAUCUCCUCCCUGAACUCAGAGUCCUGAACUCCUUCGGACCUCCUGGUUGUCAUGGAAACAUCCAGGAGAGGUCUGUCUGUGAGAUCAGAGGUCAGCAGGUAUUUUAUUUUGGAAGGCCCCAGCUGUGCUGACUGCUGAUUGGUGGACUCUGUGACUGUGUGAGGGCUGAGCAUCAUGUUGAUUCAUAAAUUCUGUGAUAAUAAAGAGCUCUGAUGAUCGGAGGUGUGCACCACGAAGAUGGCUUUUUGGCUAAUCCGGGUGACUUCAGGGUUAAUGUCAGUUUUCUGAAGGUGGCUGGCCAAUCAGCAGCCUUGAACGUAGCGUCACCAUUCCUGGAGGAUCCCUCGGGCCGCCACGGGGAGAGCGGGAGGGUCUGGAGGCUUCAUGCGAUGAGCUUCAGUAAUCUUUUUUUUUUUCCUGUCGGCACCAAGUUCAAGUUUAUUUAUAUUGCACUUUUAAAACAACAUCUGUUGACAAAAGUAGUCAAAGCAGAAAACAUAAAAUAGGAUAAAACAAAUUUGAAGCGGUUUCAUUGUUUUGUAAACAUUCAUGUAUUCCUGCUGAGCUCAUAUCAGGUUUAAAAAAAUGGUAAAUGGCC